AUGGACAAAUUCAUUUUCGCAGAAAUACCUGACAAAGAGGUUGACAUUGAUUACUACAAAGCUGUGGAAGAAUUUAUGAUUCACGGGCCAUGUGGAAUUGAAAGACCCAAAUCUCCAUGCAUGGUGAACAAGAGGUGUUCAAAACACUUCCUGAAGAAAUUUGUAGAUGUAUCCACUUGGGAUGAUGAUGGGUAUCCAAUAUACAAGCGUCGUGACAAUGGUAAAACUGUGGAGAAGAAUGGUGUGCAAUUGGAUAGCAGAUACGUGGUACCAUAUAAUAGAUACUUGCUUCUCAAGUAUAAGGCCCACAUCAAUGUGGAAUGGUGUAACCAAUAUAGGUCAAUCAAAUAUUUGUUUAAGUAUGUGAACAAAGGUAAUGACAUGGUCACUGCAGAAUUCUACAAAAGCACGACUGAUGAGCGGUCAAAUGAGGUUGUAGAUGAAAUCAACAUGUAUUAUUACUGCAGGUAUGUUUCAGCAUAUUUCCAGUAUGUUGUGUUUGAGGAUGAUGACUGUAUAGAAAAUGUUCUAAAUCGAUCAACGGUAAAUCAGAGCAUGUUCACUGCAUGGUUUGAUUCGAACAAGAAAUAUGAUUUCGCUAAAGAGUUGCCUUAUAUUGACAUGCCGACCAAGUUUGUGUGGAAGAAGGAUAUUAGAGAGUGGCAUCCAAGGCAAAGGGGGUUCGCAAUUGGACAAAUUUUUUACGUACCUCCGGGAAGUGGUGAAAUAUAUUACUUGAGAUGUCUACUAAAUGUAGUUCGAGGUCCUACUAAUUUUGAAGACAUCAAGUCAUAUAAGGGUGUCAUAUAUCCCACUUUUCGAGAUGCCUGCUAUGCAAGAGGGUUGUUAGAUGAUGACAAAGAAUACAUUGACGCAAUUAAUGAAGCCAGUCAUUGGUCUACUGCGCAAUCAAUGUGGAAAUUGUAUGGAGUAGUUCUGCACGAGAGAGCGCUAGCUGUAGAUCUACUUCUCCCUUUAUGA